GUUUGAUAAAUAGUAAAGGGAUGUUUAUUUACCAUCAGUGAGGAUCAAUGCAAAAUGGCAGAUGGUCAAGCCACUGGGGCGUCCCAGAAGUGAAAGACAUCUACAACCUACUGUAUUACUGCCGAAGAGAUACUAGUACAAUUCGAGUGAUGCCAAUACACCAGAAGGCCAAAAAUGGCGAGUCAAUUUAGAAAUGAAAUACUCAAAACAUCAGUCGGGCAGAUAUGUCAGGCGAUAGGUUUUCAUGGGAUUUAUUCUACGCCGCUAGACGUAUUGUGUGACUUACUGCACCGGUAUAUGACAGAGGUGUGUCGCCUCACCCACCGCUACACCGAACAUUUUGGUCGCACAGAGCCCAAUCUUGACGACCUUGGUUUGGCAUUCCUCGACAUGGGUAUAUCUGUGUCUGAAUUGGAAGAAUACAUAAACAACGUAGAUUGUCCGCCAUUCCCCAAUUUACUGUCAGCUCUCCCUGUGCCACGGACAUCCAACCUCAAUUUCCUCAAGCCUGGUUCAAGGGAAAUUUUAUCACGGCCAAUUCACAUCCACGAGCACUUGCCACCCAUGUAUCCAGAGAAAGAGGAGGAGGAGCUGGAUGUGAAGGUGAAUUCCACUCUUGAUGAAGCAAUGGGUGAGGGCUCCUCUCCUACACUUUCCCCUCAGCCAGCUGUCAAAAGGUCUUCUGACAGUGACACAUCACCAGCAAAGAAGUCAAAGUACUCCCUUGAUGAUGAGGGCCAGCCAGUGCGGGAGAUUGUAAGUGUGAUGAUGACAACCUCUGGUUUCAUCUCCUCUGCACGGGAAGGAAAGUUACCCGAGGCACGAUGCCCCAACAUCCCAAUGGCCACUCCUCGCAGCUCAUCUCCUUCAGCAUCCGGUGCAGCUGGCAAGAAGAAAUUAACGGUCGAAAAAUUGAUCAGACAAAAAAAUAAUCAAGGAGGAUCUGGCCGAUCAAUGCCUAACAAACCUCCUCGGCCACUCAAGGUCAAGGUCAAAGACAAAUCUGGUAGUAAAGGUCUUAAGAUCCCAAAGGUGCCACUGCCUAGACCACCUUUACAUUCUCAGACAGGGAAUGCCAAUACUCCUGGAGCUUCACCUAUCCCACCUAAGCUGAAGAUGCCUACACCCAAGGUUUCUAUGCCUAAGACUCCCAACCCCAAGCCUCCCUUUCCCAAGAUUCCCACAUCUAAAGCAUCAACUCCCAAAUCAACUCCUCCUAAGGUGUCCACUCCUAAAAACCCAAAUCCCAAGACUUCAACUCCCAAGAUAAAAGUCCCCAAACCUCCUAAAACACCCAAGUCAGAAACUAAGAAACCCUCCACCCCUAAGUCCAAAGACCCAGGGAAGGAAGGUGAGCCAAAGAAGGUAAAGAAAGAGAAGGAACCAGGGAAGAAAACCAAAGAGAGUAAAAAGGAAAAAGAUCCAACAAAGAAGACCAAAGAAAACAAAAAGGAUAAAGAUGGCAAGAAAGAGAAAGAGAGUAAGAAAGAAAAAGAAAUAAAAAAGGAAAAGGAAAACAAGAAAGAGAAGGAACGUGAGCAAGCAUUAAUCAUGGCUUUGGCAUCAUCAUCGGCUGUAACUGUGACCUCUAUACCAGCUCCUAGCAAAACACAAGAGGUAUCAGUACAAGAUAAAGCUGAAGGCAAGUCAAAAUUAAGUAUAUUCAAGAGAAUCAACAAAGGUACUAAAGAUAAUAAAGAACAGGAUCGUCCAGGGGAACGUGAUGCCCAGCAGUCCCGAGAUAGCUCUCCUGAUCUAAUGAUUGACGAGAAUCCUGCUAGAUUAGGACAGCGUCGUCUGCCAGAGGAAUUGACAGUUAUAGAGAAUCCAAGUCGUAGGUUUGAUACCUCUAUGGAUGACAUGGUGAGAUCACCAGGUGACUUUUCUGUAUACCAAGAUGACAUGUCUCCCCCUGGUACUCCCUCAACUCCCAGAACUCCAGAAAUACCAUAUAUUCCCAUCCGUAAACCUUCAGAAAAACGCAAAGGGAAGGAAAAAACAAAGGAAAAGCGACCAAGAAAGGAUCGUUCCAAGUCACCCAAGUGUGGAUUCAGUCCAGGUCAUCGAGAACCUUGUGACUUUGAAACUCCAGAGCGUCCCAAAACUCCGGAAGUUGGAUUACCCCCAGAGGACCUGGGGGGACCUUCCACUGCUCCAUUCUCCAUUCCACCAUUUUCCACUGCCCCAGGAUUCAUUCCUCCAUUUUCAAGGUUUCCCUUCAUUCCUCCAUUUAGUGGGCCCCCACCUCGUCUAGGUUUACCCCAUCCUCCCAUACCAGACCUUCGUUUACCACCUCACACUUUUCUACCAAGACCCCCCUCGAAGCGUCCACUGGAGGAUGACCAUCUGUCACCUUUAGAUGAUCCUGAAAAUCUUGAACGGCCAUUAACUCCGAGACAUGCUCGUGACUCCAGCCCCUUGCCUGUAACCAGUCAUCCAUCUCCUUUACGGUCACCAUCUCCAAAUCAGAUGUCAGCAACUCCUCCUCGGCCUCGUACACCUGCUCAUCACUCUCCCCCACCAAUGCCGAGAAUUAAAGUAGAGAAGGUGGAUAAGACUGACAAAGAAAAGAAAAAAGAGCAUAAAAAAGAAAAGAAGGAAAAGGAAAAAGAAAAAGAUAAAAUUAAGAAAAAGAAAGAUAAAAAAGACAAGGAAAAGGAAAAAGACAAAUCAGAUAAAAAGAAGGAGAAGGAGAAGACAAAGCUGGAGAAGAAAGAGAAGAAGGUAAAGAAGGAGAAGGAUGAUGGUGCCAAUGUGCCACGAAUCACGAUGAAAUUGUCGUCAACUUCAAGCAGUUCACCCCCGCGUCCGUCUGCUCCUCGGCCGGUGGACACCACUCCCACGCCCAAACUUCACACAUCAACUGGUAUUGGAAUAUUACCAGUAGUAGGAGCUUCUCAUUUUUUAAAAGUGAUCAAGCCCGUGGUGAAACGCGAAGAAGAUAUGCCACCGACAAAGCCCACAUCCGUCCCAUCAGGUACCCAUGAUGACCAACCAGGCUCGCCUGAAAUUGCCAAGUUCUCUGCCCUUAUAACGAGACCUCCACGUAGCCAGCAGAAAAAGGGAGAAUCACCACCAGUGGUGCCCGUUUUGAAAAUUAAAGAUUUCCAGAAUCCAGUAUCCAAGCAAAAGGAGGGCAAGGAUACCAGCCAUUCUCAGACCAAAGCUAAAGAUACCAAGGAGGUGCCACCUCUUAAGAUUAAAACCCCAUCAACAACCACAACUAAGACACCAGCCAUGCCAAAACUUCCAUCUGUAACUAAACCUCCGAGCACACCCAAACAGCCAUCCACGCCCAAGCUGCCCACCACGCCCAAACCACUGAGUGUGCCCAAGCCUCCGCCCAUGACCAAGCUUGCUGAGGAUAAGAAGUCUCCAGGAAGUAAAAAAAUUCGUGAAAAAAAGGAGAAGAAAGAGAAGAAGCCAAAAGACCAGGCACCACCCCCAACCCCCACCCCUGCAGCACCAAGCCUCAGCAUCCCAGCAACAAGCAGUGCAGGUGGCACAGACCAAUCCUUCCCAUCUCAACCUGUACCCACUUCUGUGCCUAUAGUUUCGCCACCACCAGACACCCCCAAGACUAGCAAGAAACAAGAACAGAAGGGCACAGGUCUUCUCACAGAGACAGUUGGUCCUAUUGGUCACUUUGUGGAUGACCAGGGAAAUGAAGUAUGGAUCUGCCCUACCUGUGGUAAACAAGAUGAUGGUUCUCCCAUGAUUGGCUGCGAUACGUGUGAUGACUGGUACCACUGGGUGUGUGUCGGCAUUCAAGUUCCCCCCAAUGAUGACGUGAACUGGUACUGUCCACGCUGCUUAUCUCAACACAAACAGCGUGGUGCUCCACCAGAAAAGAAGAAACGUGGUCGAAAAAAGAAAUAAUUUCAGUGGUAUAUUUUUCUCUCAAAUAGUGAAGCUAAAAUAUUGAGCAUAAUAGUUUAUCUGUCUAGCAUUAGCAUUUGUUCAGUCUACCUAAAUGAUGCAAAGAGUCGGCAGUGGAACUUGACAUGUUUUUUAAUUAGGUUAUAUGAAGGUCUCUGACGUGUUUUUGCUUGGUCGUUUUGUAAAUGGUCAUACAUAAUGUGCAUUUUGUCCAUGCUGCCACUGUGUGAGUUUCAGGGAUAACAAGAUGUCAUAAUAUUUGCAAAUGAAUAUAUAUGUAUAUAUAUAUAUAUGACUUUACAAGAUUACCAUCUUCACAUCAUGUCCUGAUUUCUUGUUGCUUCUGAUUCUUUCAAGAUUAUAUUCUACAUUAUAUAUGUCAAAUCAAGGAAAGAGCGAUUAAUUCUGCCUCAUUUUCUUCAUUAGUUGUGGUUGGUCAAGUUUUCUAUUUAUGUUAAUUUUUGUAACUAGAAAAAUGAAUAUGGAAAUACUGUACUGUAGGUAAUACCAAAGCUACCUAUACAACAUUUGAGAUGCUCUUAAAACAAGACUCUGCAGCAGUUAAACUGAAAUAAAGCAAUGAAAGGUAAUCUAAAUUAAGCAAAUGGACAAAUGUUACCAUUUUAGAAGUUUCAUCCCUGAUUGGUUCAACAUAAAGAAAGGGUUACUCAUGACCUUAUAAAAGGUAUUUACCACACAUAUUCUCUUAGUUUUCUGCUUUCUCCAUUUCUGGUCUUCUGCUGUCAUGCUCUAAAAUCUCAAAUUUCCUUUUCCAGACUUGAGAAGUAAAAUGACCAAGUGGCAUGUUGUUAAUAGAGGUAGUUCCCUCAUCGUGAAUGAGAUUCUGUACAUCUUCUUUGGAGACCCAGUUUAUGAUGCAGAGAGUAACUCCUAUACAUAAGGCAAACUAAUGUACAGGUAUACCACAAACUUACUGUAUAGUAAUUGUAGUUUACAUUUUAGUACAACUGAAUCUAUAUUUUUAUUUUGCAUGGACAGUAAAAAAAUUGGAUAUACAGUACAGUAGUUCUUAAAAUUGUACUGCAUGUAAACUACUUAACCCAGAGUUCAAAUAUAUACAGUACAUUACUGUAUACUAUAUAGGCCCAUCCACAUUCUUAAUCAACUCUUAAAAACCACAAUGCACAAAACCACUAGUUAUAGCUUUGAACUUGCUCUCGGGUUGUCAGUCAGAGGUCAAAACUGUAAGAUACAUUUACCAUACAUCCAGUAUCAAAAAUUUUACAUAAUUAAUUCCACAAGGUUCCAUUCUCUUUCCUACCCUUUUCAACUUGUUCCUCCAUAACAUAUCUCCACCUUACUAAAUGCAGGUACAGUAAAGGAUCAUUUUUCCGGCAUGCUUGGGACCUGGAGGUUGCCGGAUAAGGUUUUUUCCAGAAUUUGGAUCACCAGGCCAAAAUGUACAGUAAAUCUUCUGUUCAGGCAAUAACCAUUAUACGAUGGAUCUAUAUAAUGUACGUACGCUCAAUCAGUUUUACGAUGUUAAUAGAUUAACACCAUUUACCGCUAUGCGAUGGCUAAAUAUCAGUUUUACGAUGGUCACUAUCCGAUUGCGUUUCCUGCAUUGUUGUUGCUUUGAAAAAGUGAUGUACAAUAACUCGCAAUAUUCCAAGUUAUGAUGAUGCAAUCUCGGAAUGGAGUAACAAGUACGAACAAGCGGGAUGCAUGAGAGGUUUUGCCCGUCUCCAGUUGAAAAAUAACAAUAACGCAGCUCUCAGCUUGGCUGGAGGCUGAGAUACUGGUACUGCACACCCCCACGGUGCUACCCCUCCCACACUUCCCGGGGUGCAUAAAAUUUUUUUAUUCUCUUACGUUUUUUUGCCUUAUGAUUAUUAUUAUUUGCACAUUCUGUAUGAAUGACUGUGUGAGCAUGUAAAAAAAAAAUGUGCAGUAUCUACCUGGAAUUGCAAGUUGAAAAAUAACACAGCUCACAGCUUGGCCUAGUAGGGAGACUCUAAGAUCCCAAUACCGACCCCCCCCCCCCCUUUUCUCUUCCACGAUGCACACUAACUUAAGGGACAUCAGAAGUAUUUAUUCUCUAUUUUUUUUCCUUGUUAUAAAUAAUUGUGUGCCUGUAACAAAGUUAAAAAAAAUACAUAUAUCUACCUGAAAAUAUUUGUAAUGACAGCUGGGGAUCACAACUUACUACUGUACACUUACAUAUCAUGAAAUGAAAAUAAAUCUAUAUUUGGUAUAAAUUUUUAGUUUUUGUCUAUUUUUUAUUUAUUUUUUCUAUAUUUUUUAUAAAUUUAUCGAUUUUGUCUAUUCAUAGAUUAUUUUUAGUAAUUUAGACAUAAUUUAAUCAUUACAGCAGCAGGUGUUAAAAUUUGUUAGGGCUGUUCAGGGGCUCAGAAACUGAACCUUAUUUUUUCCCAUGAGUUAUUAAUAUCAAUAUGUGACCGAUCACGUAUAGAAGGGUUUUUUUAGGUCCCUAACCCCAUUGUAUAAUGGCCAUUGCCUGUAACUGGCUGUACACCUUAAAAUUAAAACUUAAAAUUUUAGGCAUAUAACAGCAAUAAUAAAAGCAUAAAACAAUAAUGAAAGCAUAAAACAAUAAUGUAAAGUAGUGGACAAACUGCAUCAGUCACUUCUGAUGUUCACUUUAGCAAAGCAGCAGUGUCUCUAGUAACAGUGUGCAAACUAUAGAUAUUUAAGACUUUAUACCUUAUAAUAAUUAUUACUUUUAUUUUUGGGGGUACUUUCUGUAAGUAGAAAUGUGUGUGCAUGUAACUGAAAAAAACAAAACACACAUACCCACCCAAAAUUAAGAGUUAAAAAAUAGCAAAUAAUGUAACAUACAGCUCACAAGUGGGGAAUGGUUGGAAACAUCCACGAUUACUCCAGGAAUUACUCCGCUUAUUUUAAGCAAUUCGCUCCAGAACAUUGCCGGUUUUUAAGAGUUCCAAAUACCGGGACACCGGAUAAAUAGUCCCAUACCUGUACAAUAAUUCUGUUAUACACAAAGGAAUUUGCAGUAGCCUCCAAACUUACCAAAGUCUAAUCCAUAUAGAUUUACAGGUACUUGGAAUUCCUGGACACAACAUUUUUCCAACAUAAGACUCACUCACCAGACAACAGCAACGUAAAAGCCACAUAUAAAACUCAACACUCAUACUCUUCAUAAAUACUUUUGAUAAACAAAAGGAAACUUAUCAAAACAGACUGCAAGCAAGUCUACUGGGCUAUAGGCUAGCUGCAGAGCCAUGAUUUGUUUACAUAGCACUAAGAAUCUUUUUUUAAAACUGAGUUUUCCAAAUAAUGUAAUGUAAUAGCUAAUCAAGAGCUACAUUAUAUGAAUAUGUUCCCUAAUUUAUUAACUGCUGUACAUUAUACUGAAACUAUGUAAAGUGAAGCUACAUUAAGGCCUCUUCCACACGAGUGUCUUUUUAUCGUACGACAAAAUACACACACUUCUAGUGUGCAAAAAAAAAACUUUGCUUCAUGCAGAUUUUUUUCUGUCGUGCAUUUGUUCAUGGUGGAGGAUGUAAAUGAGGAUUGCUUUAGUGUAAACUAAUGAUUCAUAUGAAUAAGAUUAAACAAUCGAAAAAGGAAGCAUAAAUGGUGGGUCCAUCCACUUGAUGUUUUCCUGAAAAUUUUUACAGUAUAUUUCUCAGUCGGUAUUCAUAAUAAUUUAUAGGCUAUGGAGUGAACAAUAACUGCUGUAAAUACAAUAGAUAAAUAACAUUGUAUUGUCUGCUUUGAUUAGGGUCAGCUUUAAGGUAAAAAUAAUUUACACACAGGCCGUGUGGUUAUCCAUCUUUGUCAGUAAACAGAAAAGUGAUGCUCUGUCAAUGUCGUACAUCCGAGGCAGAGGGUGUAUUCCGCCACACAAACUAGUUCCGAGAAGCGGCAUUUGGUUCGUAUGUGUGGGUUGCGGGUCAUAUGUUCGUAUAUUCAUAAAUAUUAAAUAUUUAAUGGAGUUUCAUUCGUAUGUUCGUAAGUUGGUGUGUUCAUAACUCGGGGACUUCCUGUAUUAAGAACAUAAAACAUAUACUAUACCGGUAUACAUCUAGUUAUAGAUAUCUUCAAUGCAUCCUCAGAUACACAAUUAAUUAAAAAUACAUACCAGAAAAAAGAGAUACUGUACUUGCAGAAGCAUUCACUCAAUCAGAGCUGAAACUCAACUAUUGUGCAACAAAACAUAUUUUCAUCUGAAAUCCUCCAUUGCCACAUGAAGAAUUCUAAAAUGCUGGGCAUAUUUUUGUGUCACAUUUUGAAAGUAUAAGUGUUUGGUCAAUGUCGCGCUUUUUGGUUGCGUGUCUGUGUAAAAGGUCCCAAAGAUUUUUUUAGUUGCGUAACAAAAUAAAAAAUGAAAAGUGUGAGGCCUAGGCGAAGGAUGUUUGUGUAUGCUUAUUGUGAGUUCUUAGAGUGUGAGGCAUCUUGUUCAUAUGAAAAGUUUCAUGUGCUGUAUAAGAAUUUGUGAUAAGGCCUCUUUGAUUCUAUAUACUGUACAGGCAUAUUUAUUAUAUAAGUAUUAAACAUACCUGAUAUUUUGUUCAUGGUUCCAAGGUUCACCGUGCCCAUUUCAUAAAUCACUGGUCUGCUCACAAUACCCUUAAGCUUGCCACAUUGCUUGUCCCAAGGAUAUGUAAACUUGAGAGGUUCUAUUGUAUAUCUGAAGCAAGACUUCAAGAUUUUACCUUUAACUCAACCACUGUAUAGACUUUGGAUUUCAUUU